GAGUGCGGCGGGUAUAGUCCGAGAGACAGGGAAGACGGUGCGACGUGCGACCAGAGCCAGUGCACGCCCGGCUGCCGACACGAGCGGAUGGCGCACGUCGCUCUCGACAUUAACUCCCGUCGUUACAAUAGUUUAUUCUUUACGUCGAAUAGUCGCGAAUAUUUGAAGCGCGUUCGCGGUCGUGCCGAGUUUUCUUAGAGGAUUGUCCUCGGUGCCGAAAAUCAUGGUCCGAGUGUGAAAAAAAAAAAAAAAAAAAAAAAAACAAUAAAUAAUAACAGGGGAAGACUCGUAUUGCGAAAAACGUGACAAUAUGAAAUUAGUUUUUGUGACACGAAGUGAAAGAUACGAGAAGAAAAUAUCUGAAGCGAUGAUUAUUUUAUGGGGCACUCGAAUUUUUCGUAAUUAACAUUUUAUUUUUGGAGUUUUUACUCGGUUUAUGAAUAUUGAUGUUGGACUAAUUUAUCGUAAUUUUAAGUGAUCAAAGACGAUAAGAUUUAUAACGAUUGAGAAUAAAAAGAGGUGAAAGUGUCAAGUUCAGUGGGCUCGGUUCAAGUGCGCACGUGGGGAUGCACGAAUCGGUUUCGUUGCUCCUAUGACAGACGCUCUUCUUGACAAACCGAGCGAUUACAAAAACUUGUCGCAAAUCGGUGUCGAGUUUUAUCUGGUAAUAGGUGAAAAAAAAAAACAGUCUCGUAUGCGCCACCCUGCAGUAGAAUAACGAAACGCGCGCCGCCGCCUGCUCACCGUUUUGUUGCCAUCGCAGCACGCGUGGUUGAUCAGCUGAUCGCAAUACUACGAGCGCUCGAAGCUCCACCAGAGACAGACUUUAUAGACACAGCUUGCGUUUUACUCGACGCAUUAUCCGAACACUUGUUUCAGUACAUUUAUCUCCGCCACUUGUGUCAAUAGUUGUACAAAAUCAAUUCUCGAAAAAGUUCAUUACGAAUUCUCGAACGUAUUCGGGCGAGUAAAAAUACGAGAAUUUACGAAAUGCGGUGACCCUGACGCGCUUCUCUCGUGAACGAGAGAUUUUUUUUGUUUCUCGUUAUCUGAGUUGUCUUAUCGAGAUGAGCAUACACAGGGAUUCGAGUGAAAAUAGUGGAAACGCGAGUUACUGUUUGCCGAUGAGAUCGAAAUCAAUGUUGAAAUUUCCGGAAUAAAAAUGCUUUGCGAGAAAACCGUUAGGAGGCGCCGUAACCGAGUGAUUUCGUUGUAAAAACGCGGUUCGAACGAUGAAGAUUGGAAAAACAAAGUGCUGUGUUGAAAUUUCACUUGACGUGUUUCUUGCUCUUGUGAAUAGCGAAUUAAAGCCGAACGGUAAGAACAGUAAGUGAUCAUGAAGAGAUCAGAAAAUUAAACGAGGAAUGAAAAAGUUUUUUGCCACGGUUGGCUAAGUAAGUUGGCAGAGUUGGCUAGAGUGGGAGUUCUCGGAACGUCGGAAGUCGAAGGACGCGUUACCGGAAGAAAAUAAAAACAACGGCGAAAGCUUUUGAGCGAGGACGUUGUUUUCUCUAACAUCGUGGGGUUUUAGUGUGCAGCGUUGUGAGAGAGAGUGUCGAGGUGCAAAAGAGAGAAGUCCAAGGAUAGUGAGAAGAGUUUUUACUCUAAAUAAAAGUAUAGACGGAUAUUCAGAAUAACGAGAGCGUCAGAAGAGGAAAAACUUUUUCAGUUCAGCCAGAAUUCAAUGUGCCGAACGAAACAGUGCAAUAACAAGCGUGUUUGUUUUCUUUCGCUCGCGCUUUUUCCCCGAUCAAAAAAACACGCGAGUGGGAUAAAUCGUUUAAAAUUUUAUCUCAUUAUUAUUAUGAAUAUUCGUUUGUGUCUCGCCUCGCAGCCGACUGCGACCAGUGCUCAGUGGAUUAUGAUUUUUUCACUCGCGUUUUUGUGAUACCUUGAAAAAAAAGGAUAAAGAGAGACUUCGGGUUAAUGGCGCGCGAUGUCUCUCGUUUCCGGUGAGCACAACGAAAUUACUGUGAUAGAAGAUUAUUAGGAGUGGAGAAAUUCCGGAUGAAAUAUACGCUAUUGGAUUAAAGAAACACGUGAGACCAAAACGUAACAACACGAGAAACGAAUACAUGGAGGAGGCGGAAUAACGUGCAUACACUCAACAAUCCAGCGAAAAGUCCAGCUCUGAUAUUUUCAGCCAAACGGGCCAGUAUUUAUGCCAGUAUGCCAAUCAGAAGCCAGUAGACAGUCAGUAAAUACAUAAAACCUUCGUAGACAUAUCUUUCGAGUGGUGUCCAUAGUGAUAAUCGCUCGUGAAUAAUAUAAAAUCAUUGAAAAAAAUCUCGUAAAUAAAAACAAAGUAAUCAUAUCGAAUUGUUUAUUCGUCAUAAAACGUGCGAAAAAUUGUUAACCGUUCGUGAAACGUGAUCGGGCUGAAAACUCUGAAAAUUCUUGUUGCCGCUCGGAAAACUUUUCGUAUCGUGUUUAACGUGAGAGUGAGUGUUUGUGAGAUUAAAAGCUAAAGAUUAUAUACAGCCAUACACUCAUAUUCGUCUGUGUAUAUUGUAUAAUCAACGAGAGGAAAUUGAAAGAUUAGCGGGCGAAGGAAUUUCCCCACGCUUGAGAGCCGGUGGCUGGAAACGCUGACUUACAUCGGGAGCGCCAACCUGCAAUCAAGGUUCAUGGUUUUCAUGGAGGAGAGCGAGCUCUCGAGCAAGCGGUGGGCCAGUGCGCCCCGCCGCCCGGACAGCCCCUGUAUCCUGGGGGCCCCGAGGUCUAGGGAGGCGGCGGGACCUCCGGUACAGCUUGAACCCGUGGACCUGUCGGUGAAGACUCCGGUGGUACUGCAGGUGCCUCGUUACAGUCCAGCAGCGGCAUUAAUUACCACAGCUAGGAGAAUUCCCUCGCCUUCGACAACGCCCACGCCGCCCCCGCUCUGCGCAUCUACCGGUGAGUGUUCCCGAGAUCGCUUCCAUUCUUUAUUGGCGCGCGUAACGGUUCUAAGCACAUCUCAAGGCUUGUCGCCCGCGCGCACGGCUCAUCCUCCUCUGGUGUCGCCAGCUCUGCCACUCGUGGACGUAGUGAGAGAGAGGGAUCAGGAGCGUGACCGUAAGCGAGACCGGGAGCGGGAGAGGUUGAGGGAGCGUGAGCGCGAAUGCGAGAGGGAGCGACAGCAUGCGCAACAUCAGGAGCGAGAGAGGCCGCGGGAGACGAGGGAGCGUGAGAGAGAAAGGGAGCAGAGGGAGCGAGACCGGGAGAGACAGCAGAGGGAGCGGGAGAGAGAGCGGGAGCGAGAGGUUUCGGUGUGCGGGAUGGAAACGUCCGAUCCGAUGUUCGUUUCCUCGUCAGCGGCGCUUCUCGCGUUGCAGAGGAUCAAGGAGGCAUCGCUAGUUUUUCACAAGAGACCAGCGUUAGCGAGCGGCAUAACUCUCGCUGGAAGAGGAAACAGCGGAAUUAGUGCAGGGAACGGUGCAAAUCUCAAUGUCGACAGCGAGUGCGGUGACGCGCUAAAGAGACGCAAAGUUCACCGGUGCGACGUCGCAGGGUGCGACAAGGUUUACACGAAAAGCUCCCACCUCAAGGCGCACAAGAGAACUCACACGGGUGAGAAACCGUACCAGUGCACGUGGGAGGGAUGCACGUGGAAGUUCGCCCGUUCGGACGAGUUGACGCGACAUUAUCGCAAGCACACGGGGCAAAAGCCGUUCAAAUGCCAUCUGUGUCAGCGAUCGUUUUCGCGGAGCGAUCAUCUUUCGCUCCACAUGAAGAGACACUGACGAGACUUGAGCGUUUCGUCGUCGGUAUCCUCGUUUUCAUUAUCGUGGAAUAGCGCGAUCGCGCUGUGUUGACCUCUCGUGGCGAAUCCUAAACAAGCUCGACGAGAUCGUGUAAUUUACAUUCGGGACCUGAAAACGAACGAGAGCGCUCGCGACAGCGGUUGCUGGAGGGGCAGAGAGAGGCUGAAGAAGCAGCGAGUCUCGAGUCGUGGAGAAAGAGGGCGAAACUGCAGAAGAAAAGAAAAGAAGCAGAAAUGAGCAGACGAUAGAUUUAGAGCUUAACUGCGAAUGAAAAGAUAAAACGAUAACAAGCAAGGAGGCAUUUUGGAAGGAAACAAUCGCGUAAAAGAGAAAAAAAAGUCGGCGGUGCUUGCGGGGAAAGCUCUGAAACGUCACCGAGGCCAUCGUCGAGACUCAAGCUCCGUUCAUGUCUCAGAUUACGAAAACGUGUCUUUUGUUGAUCACUGCAAUGUAAAAAGAACGUUUUUCAUCCCCUCCGCGACGAUCGAUCGUUCACUCGAAGUUUUUCCGAUUUUUCUCUAUUUAUCAAAUCAUCAUUAAGGCCAGCUCAACUAGUCUAGAGCACCGUUAAUAAAAUCUAUCGUGAAUAAUACGAGCCAGUACAGUACGCUAUAAGAUAAAACAAAUAUACACGCGUAUAUGUCUGUGUCCGAACACACAUAUAUGUAAAUAGAAAAUAUGAUAGAUGAAUUAACGAUAAAUAUAAAAUUGUACAGAGAAUAUAAAACCUCCGGUUACGGAGCUUGGGACUUAGCAUGCUCAGUUAAAUGAAUUAAACAAAACGAAAAUCGUGAUCGUGAUUUGACGAAAAAAAAAUCAUAUUUAAAAGUAAAUAAAAUCAUUCAAAGAAAUCGGUAUAAUAGACAAUUGUAAUAAUUGGAUAAUAAUUGCACUAAGAAUUUCGCGUUUCGAGUAAGGACAAUCACUGAACUAUGCUCGGUCUGUGCAAACGAAAAAAUAUAAAAAUAAUGUUUCAAUAAUCGUUAUAUUUCGAGUUCGAAAGAAAUGACUAGAAAAAAAAACGAAUAUAAGUUGAAUAACGAAAAGCCAGUAUUACGAAUGUUUUUUUUUCUUCUUCGCAUCUAUUUCAUUUCUUUUGCGUUUUCUUUCCACUCCUUAUCGCGACGUAGGAUAUAAAAUAUUGAUCUUUUGUUAUUCGCAAGGAUCGAAAGUGAAGCCAGUUCAUCAUUCGUACGUCAUUUAUGAUUUUAUACACUUCGGUUUAUUUAAUGGUCAUAGUUGGUUUGCGCAAAGGUGCCAAAGUAGAGUAAAUACUUUAUCCACCGGUUCCCCCCUCGGUUUUUCCUCCCUCUCGACCUUUCCCCGCUCUCCCGUUCGCUAGAAAAUCGAACAAAGGUGAGAAAAGCUCGUCCAAUUAAAAUAAGAGAGAGAGAGGGAGAGAUGAAUAUUAAAUAAAAAAAAAACUUAUUAAUUUAUGAUUCGAGGGGAAGAAUCACUUAGCGAAGCAAUCAAAUUUCCCCAUCCUUUUCUCUCAGACCCUCCGUCUCUCAUGACAUCGCACUCAAUACGUAGUAGCACUGGAGUAAUGCCGAAACGGACCCUGAAGACAUAAGCCUCGCAAUCUCGGCCUGUAAAUAUUACAUUCAUAAUCGAAUACGAAAGAAGAUGAAUAUGUGGGAGAGAAAAAACAAUUAAAAUUGCUCAGUUUCGAUCGAGAAAAAAGAAUUUUUCGCAGCCAACGGUUGUUCGUUUGUUAGUAAGUAAAACGCUUGUCCGCUUUUGCAUUAUUUUAUAUUCGAACAGAAAAACUAUAAAAUCUAUGGGAAAAGACACGUGCUUUAGGAAGAAGUGAAAAAUUAUGACGAAGCAAGGACUCUAGUGAUAAGAAAGUGAAAAAAAAUGUUGUUGAAAUCGACUUUCUCUCGAUACGAUACUCCGUGAGUAUAAAAAUGCACAAUUUAUGCGCCUAAUGGAGUUGGGAUUAGAUAAACUUCGUGUGACGAUGGAACAAGAUGCCAGUAUAUGCUAGAGCCAGUUUAUCUCGUAAACCUCUAUGUAUAAGAUUCAAUGACGAACCGAGUUUCGACGAAUUAACAUUGUUACGCUGUUAUAUUUAGCAUAAGUCACAACACACACCGCUCCAGACACAUGCAGGUUUACAACAGAGGGAAUAAACACGUAGACACGUACACGGAACACCUAAUAUAUUAGAUAUCUGUAUCUCGUUAUAGAUUAUAGUGCCUUUCUAACGUUUAAGCAUCGCAAAGUUUGCGCGUUCGUUAGACCUUGUAAUUUUUUAAGUCGAUCGCUGUGGUGCCUUAAUUCUCGCGAAUGUCGGACUCAUAGUUUUUUUUUCUCUUCGUACUGUUGUGUAUCAUUGCUGGAAAAUGCAUUCCCAAAAUGACGACUCUGACGUCGUAAGAAAAUGAUUGACUUUCAUCCCUUCACUUAGCGGAAAUGAGGUUUAUUGUUCUUUGUUGAUUCUUUUAUUGGACGCGAUUGGAAAAAACUUUUAUAUCGUUCUGAAAAACUUUGGAGAAAUCGUUUACUGCAAUUUUCAAAAAUUUCGAGGAAUUUUUUAAUCGAGUCGAUCCGCGAAGAAAUUUUGAUCCGUCAGCAAAUCAGGUUUUCGUUUCUUGACGAAGGAUAAACGCAGAAAUUCGUGUUAUCGCCUCCCAAGUCGUGACGAAUGUUGGAAUAACAUUAUCAUCGUUUAAUUUGACUACAAAACAACGAAAAAUAAUCCGGAAACGACUUGUUCAGCGGAUUCGUAAUCGAAAUCGAAUGGAGUAAACGAUGUCCAUCGAGGGGUGAUAGAAAAACGUCUUUUUUGGUACUAUAAAAUCGAAAUUUGUCUUGAAUAUGUUAGAUACGAUGGAGGAUGAAAAAUCUCGAAAAUCUCAUUUUUUUCAUGUACGUUUAAAGUAGAAAGAAAAUUGGAUGGAGUGAAAUAUUGAUCGUUCAACUGUAAUCUCGUGGGUGAAAAUUGAGUGAAUUUAAAAUCCAUUCGGUCAGUGCAGGAGCAUUUUUCCGUCUCUUAUUUUCUCUCUUUUUAUUUUCGGUGCCCUCAGAAUUCAUUUGAGGUUAUUUCGACGAUAAAGGCCAGUUGGUAACCCGAAGCGAUUGCAAGUCUCUUCCGAGCAGAAGCUCGAUGAGAAAUGUUGCCAGAGGUUCGAACCUGACAAGAUCCUCGAUCAUCGUCAUAUUACACGCUACUCGAACAUUCGCGAUCUUUCGGAUGGACAAUUUAUCUUUAAGCAUCACUUGAAACUCACUCGAUCCAAUACGACGUUAAAAGAGCGGGGGCAGUUUUGAGAUAAAGACAAAUGAACGAACGGAAAAAAAGUGUUGGACACUGAGAAAGAGAGGAAGAGAAGAAGAGAGAGAGAGAAAGAGAGAGGUGAGAAAAUGGUCGACAACGAAAUUGCUUUUAGAGGGACCAUUAAGAGGCGCGAAAGGAAUUCUCACUUUCGUUACGACUUUCGAAUUGUUUUUCUUGCGUCUUUGAUAAAAAUCGAGUUGUAUUCCCUGAUUGAAUAAGGAGGCUGAGAAGGAGGGAAAGCGAAGAAAAAAAAUGCAAGAUCCGUUUCACGUACCCUCGAAUCCGUCCACGAUAAUCGCGCCAUUCCAUUAAUCGAACAUUCCAACCGAGUGAAAGCUCGGACCGUGGCUUUAAUCUUUUUUAUUUUCUUCGUAUCUUUUGUUCUCUCACUUUUUCCUCUCUCUCAUUCUCUUUUCACCUUGAUCGACACCUCGAGAGAAACACGAGAAAAAAAAUCGAAUACAAGUUUUUUAUCGAAAAAUUUAAUUGAAAAGAGAAAAGUCGGCGUUCCUUGCAAUUUCUCUAUAACAAGAAACGACGGUUGAUCGUCCUCCAAGCAUUUUUUACCUAAAACUAUAAUCCCCUCAUAUUCCUCGGUCGAAAACUUGAAGAGAAUCGAUCAAUUAUUUUCGUUUUCAUAAUAUUCUCAAAAAAAAAAAAAUCGAUGAAAAUUGUCAAAAGUAGAAAAAUUAUCAAUUCUUUUUCAACUCAACGCCGCAGGUUAUUGAUAUCUGUCGAUGAAAAAAUCUUUUAUAAAAUUCUGACCAUGCUGAACGCUAUCGAACAAUGAAACGAAAAAAAAUUAGAAGAUCGUUGUUCAGUCUCGGCACUUUCUGCAGACUUUUCCAUCACAAUUGUACAGGUAAAUUAGCAUUUCCAAGUGCCUUAAAAAAACGCGUUGUAGCCACCAAUGAUAUAACUAUACGAAUACGAGUAUAAUCGAGUACGGAUAUCGGUCAAUUUGUAAAUCGUAUUCGGACUGUCUCGUGACAUUGUUUCGUUCAUAAGAUACGUUUGUUAUCCGAACCAGCGAUAGAUCAAUUCGAAUCGAUAAAACGUGCGCCCCUCUACAUAGAAAAGGAACAUUCAACUGAUUAGACGGAGGCAGAAUCGAUGAAAGAAAUAGACGUCAAUCAACACUGGAAAAGAAAACAAUAAUUCUUCAAACGAAUAUAUAAAUCUUCGACAAAAAGCUCCAAUUAUUAACGAAUCACAAAUUAAAACCCUCCCAAAAAAAAAUCGUUAACAACGAAGGCGAAUUUCGUUGAAAAAAAAUUGUUCGAAUUCAAAUCAACCUGAUUCUCGACUCCUCUUCACUGUUCACCCCCGGAAAAUGUAGUUUAAAAAAAGGCAUACAAACGAAAGAAAACAAUUACUCAUCUGUGAAAAACGUGAGAAUAGAGAGGUAUUGUAAUAGCUCGAGGGGCAUUGAUUAUUUACAUGCACAUCGAGACAGAGAGAGAGAGAGAGAGAGAGAGCUCGGUGAAGGCGCGAGAUUCGAUCGUAAAGCACGAUCGGGAGUUUGCGGCGCUUUCAUUUUGCUCGGAGAUCUGCGAGACGGAAUCGCGUUUUGCCCGGGGCCUCGAUAGCUGCGUUUACAACGUGAAGCAUAUUACUAUAGCUGGAUACAUAUAAAUGUAUAUGUAAGUGCAUGGGAUAGCUACAACUUAACGACUUCGACACGUCGACACGAGACAGUCUCAACUUGAUUGCACAAUGACACGUUAUAUAGGUAUCGUUCUGAAUUCGUUCUAGAAUUCAUGUAGAUUAGUAUGCGCGAUUUCCCAACAUUCUCAACAUCUUGUCUCCUUUUUUUAUGUCCUUUCCUCUCUUUCGUUCAACUAUUCUUUUUUCCGUAUUGCUAUUGAUUUUUUUCAUCGUACGUAACUUAAGUGAAAAAAAAGAAUCUGUGUAGGGCCAGUAGCACGCACACAAGUUCCCAGCCGAUGCGCAUUCUAGAAAGAUUUAUUUUCAUACGUACUUUUUAUACUUCGUUCGGUCCGCCUGAACCGUAAUUGCCCGCGAAACGAUACUGAAGGGAGGUUAAAAAAAAAAAAAAACAAAACAAAAUGAAAAAAAAAAAAAAAAACAAACGUGAAUCGGACGUUCGAUUGAACCAACGGGAGAGUGCUCAAGUUCGUUCGGUGCUUCGGCAGCAAUAUUUGUGCGGGUGCAUGCGCGAAUGUACCGUAUUUAAACGUACACGGCGACGCGUACGUAGAUCGAAUUAUUAGGAAAAAUUGACGCUACAGGUGUAAGUGAAACUAUUAGUUAUUAAGGGGUAAUCCGAUCGGUCGUGUAAAUAGAUUGUAUAAAAAAAAAACUCGCCGAAAGUCCUUCGUUCCGAUCCCUUCCUCGCGUUAUUCUUUCGCCAAGCGUUUAUAUUCCUCUCUGUCAAUUUCCUGUUUUCGACUUUUCCCCUGCUGCGCCAACACUUUUUUAUCUCAUCAAAGUUUGCCGCUAAGUUGCUGCGAGAGCGUAAAUUAGAUACAUAUAAUUAUAGUUCAACCUCUUCUUACGAAUAAAUGUUACGAAUAAUGGGGGCCAGUAAUUCUCUCUCGGAUCUCGCACGGAUUUAUACGCUGUGGGGCGCGCGGUAAUGCAACAAUGCCGAAUUAGCAUUCGUUAAAUAGCCACAAGCUAAUUUAAACACCCAAACAAAUAAAACAAGUGAAAUAAACGAGAAAAAGUUAUGGAAAAAAUUUAAAAAAAGAAAAAAAAAAACAAAAACAAUAAAAAUAUAUGAAGUUUAAGAAAAAGAGACAUUUUAUUGUUGUGAGAGUGUGUGACAGAAGGAUGAGCGAUCAAGACCGCGCGCUAAAAACUAUUAAUUGUUAAGAAUAAUAUAUAUUGUAUAUGUUAAAAACGUAGGCACAAUAAUGUAGAACAAUAAUAUAUGAAUUCACUAUGUAAACGAAGGCAUUAAUCUAACUUUUUACAGCAUAAAUAAAUAUAUAUAUAUAUAUAUAUGAAUAAAAGAAACAAAAAACGGAAAUUCAUUAAAAAAAAGGUUAGAAAAAUAGAAGAAAAAUACGUACUGAAAGCAAAACGAGAAAAUCGUCGAUUGUUUCUAUGCGUGCUCGAUCCCCACGACUAUAAACCGGGAAGGUUCGUUAGUCGUACUGGGAAAUUUCAUUAUCGAGUAUAAAUCUAUAUAUGUAUGUAUAUCUAUAUGCAGACACAUCAUUAUAUAUAAAUAUACAUUGAAUAUAUGAUUGUAAAUUGUGGUUGUAACUAUCACACUAUGACUUGUUAUCCAUCGAUGUGUUUUUGUUUGUUUAUUAUUAAUGAUUAUUUGGAUAAUUUAUUUAUUGCGCGAAUUUUAACGGUUCCGGAGUAAACGAAGCGUUAGACGGAUCGUCAUAAGCCGUAAACGUGAUACGUGAAUUUGAGAGGAUUUAAGAGAGUAAAAAGUAUGAGAAAAGCAUAUUAUUAAAAAAAAAUCAAGAUGAAUAAAAAUAUAGUGAAAUAUA